GUUACCGGUCUCACCAUGGAGCGGAAAGGUGAGCGCCGGAGCGGCCUCCGCCACGAGGGGCAACGGCCGCUGGGGCGAGGCCCGGGUCAGCGCAAGGAGCUUCGCCUAACCGCCGCACUCCAGUCCCCGGGCGUGCAGCGCCCCUCCACUGAGGUGGCGCCGCCCCACACCCCCCGCCUUUGGGCUGCCGGUCCGCGCCCCUCAGCCCGGGCGUCCCUCCGCGCCGGCGCUGCUCGCUCCUCGCUCCCCGCCGGGCCGGCCCGCGCCUUGCGGCCACUCCAGAGCCCGGCCCUCGGCGAACGAGUCCGACCCCUGCCCGCCGGCCCCCUGCGCCGGACAGCGCAUCCCGCCUGGGCGCUGCGGUGCGCCGCGGGGGCCACCAGCUCCCCGCCAGGCCGCCGGGCGCUCGUCCCGGAACCGCCCCUCGGGCGGGCCGUGCACCCCGGCCUGGCGCCCCUGCUCGGUCUCCGCCCUCACCUUGGCGGCCUCUUUCCCUCCGCAUUCGCCCUUCAUCCAUCCCUCUCUCCUGCAGUGCUUGCUCUCCAGGCCCGAAAGAAAAGGACCAAGGCCAAGAAGGACAAAGCCCAGAGAAAACCUGAAACUCAGCACCGAGGCUCUGCCCCUCAUUCUGAGAGUGAUCUGCCAGAGCAAGAAGAGGAGAUUCUGGGAUCUGAUGAUGAUGAGCAAGAAGAUCCUAAUGAUUAUUGUAAAGGAGGUUAUCAUCUUGUGAAAAUCGGAGAUCUGUUCAAUGGGAGAUACCAUGUGAUCCGAAAGUUGGGCUGGGGACACUUUUCAACAGUAUGGUUAUCGUGGGAUAUUCAGGGGAAGAAGUUUGUGGCAAUGAAAGUAGUUAAAAGUGCUGAACAUUAUACUGAAACAGCACUAGAUGAAAUCCGGUUGCUAAAAUCAGUUCGCAAUUCAGAUCCUAAUGAUCCAAAUAGAGAAAUGGUUGUUCAGCUACUAGAUGAUUUUAAAAUAUCAGGAGUUAAUGGAACACAUAUUUGUAUGGUGUUUGAAGUUUUGGGGCAUCAUCUGCUCAAGUGGAUCAUCAAGUCCAAUUACCAGGGACUUCCACUGCCUUGUGUCAAAAAAAUUAUUCAACAAGUGUUACAGGGUCUGGAUUAUUUACACACCAAGUGCCGCAUCAUCCACACAGACAUUAAACCAGAGAACAUCUUGUUGUCAGUGAAUGACCAGUACAUCCGGAGGCUGGCUGCAGAAGCAACAGAAUGGCAGCGAUCUGGAGCUCCUCCACCUUCAGGAUCUGCAGUCAGUACUGCGCCCCAGCCUAAACCAGCUGACAAAAUGUCAAAGAAUAAGAAGAAGAAAUUGAAGAAGAAGCAGAAGCGCCAGGCAGAAUUACUAGAGAAGCGAAUGCAGGAAAUUGAGGAAAUGGAGAAAGAUUCGGGCCCUGGGCAAAAAAGACCAAACAAGCAAGAAGAAUCAGAGAGUCCUGUUGAAAGACCCUUGAAAGAGAACCCACCUAAUAAAAUGACCCAAGAAAAACUUGAAGAGUCAAGUACCAUUGGCCAGGAUCAAACACUUACGGAACGUGGUAUAGAGGGUGGUGCAGCAGAAAUUAAUUGCAAUGGAAUAAUUGAAGUCACUAAUUAUACUGAGAACAGUAAUAAAGAAACAUUGAGGCUUAAAGAGGAUCUACAUAAUGCUAAUGAUGGUGAUGUCCAAAAUUUGAAGCAGGAACCUAAUUUCCUAAACUCUCAAAACGGAGACUGCAGUACAUCUCAAGAAACAGACUCUUGUACACCUCAAGCCUCAGAGGUGUCAGAUUCCAUGAUGUACCAGUCUUCAUCAAAUGUAGACCAAUCUUUCUGUGAACAGAACAUUAGUCAACUUCAAGAAAGCAUUCGGGCAGAGAUACCCUGUGAAGAUGAGCAAGAACAUAAUGGACCACUGGAUAACAAAGGAAAAUCUUCUGCUGGAAAUUUUCUUGUUAAUCCCCUUGAGCCAAAAAAUGCAGAAAAGCUCAAAGUAAAGAUUGCUGACCUUGGAAAUGCCUGUUGGGUGCACAAACAUUUCACUGAAGAUAUUCAAACAAGGCAGUAUCGCUCCCUAGAAGUUCUGAUAGGAUCUGGCUAUAAUACCCCUGCUGAUAUCUGGAGCACUGCGUGCAUGGCCUUUGAAUUGGCUACAGGAGACUAUUUGUUUGAACCUCACUCAGGGGAAGAAUACACUCGAGAUGAAGAUCACAUUGCAUUGAUCAUAGAACUUCUGGGGAAGGUGCCUCGCAAGCUCAUUGUGGCAGGAAAAUAUUCCAAGGAAUUUUUCACCAAAAAAGGUGACCUGAAACACAUCACGAAGCUGAAACCCUGGGGCCUUUUUGAGGUUCUAGUGGAGAAGUAUGAAUGGUCUCAGGAAGAGGCAGCUGGCUUUGCGGAUUUCUUACUGCCCAUGUUGGAACUGAUCCCAGAGAAGAGAGCCACUGCUGCAGAUUGUCUCCGGCACCCUUGGCUCAAUUCUUAAGCCCCAACUUAGCAUCACAGCAGAGAACAAACACUGACCCUCUGCCCCCCUCCCCGACCCCCACCAAGCAUUUCCCUCUCCUCUUUCGAGGGUGAAGCUCUUCUCAAGAGUUUCUAGAUUUUUUUUUUUUAAUCCAACAUGUUCAUUUGGGUUUGCUUAUUUGACCCUGUGGAAAUUCCCCACAGCCAUUGGGCAUCCUAGGUGAAUUUGGCCUUGAUUGGGCUCUGCCAAAGACUAAUGGUCUAAAAUGUGAAAUAGACUCUUCACCCUGUACUCUUGUCCUUCCUUAAGGCAUCCUUUGGAAUAAUUUAAAACAUCCUUUUUAAAAAGGAGCUGUGAAGAUAUAUGAGCUCAUCCUUUUAUUCACUGACUCCAAGAGUCAAGUUUUCUAGUGCAUAUCCUAGUGCCAGCAUAAGGAUGAGAAGGGGAAAGGGUGUUACUUCUGUGUACAGCAGAAACAUUAAACUUGCUGGGUCCAGGCUGCAUCAUCUUCCUGGAUUGUUUCUGUUGUUCUCUAUGUUCAUGUGUUUUCCUGCGACUUUUAAGCUACUUUUUUUUUUUUAAUGACCAGUAUAAACGCCAAAUUUGGGUAUGCCAUAUUAUCAUUGUUCAGAGCACUGUCAUGUUCCCUCUACCUUUUAAUAACUCUAAGACCCUUGAAUCUUUAGUCUUGAUUUUUUAUGGAAACAAAAACAGAACCAUUGACCAGUAAUUUAUUUCUCCAGAAUGUUAGAUGUUCUGAAAACAGUUAUUUCCUAUGUGUCUUCUUUUACUCUAACAAAUAUUUCGAUGGUUUGUUUGGAUUUUUAGAUCCCUGGCUGGCACUUAACUCAUUGCACUUGAGUUUAUUGCCCCAUAAAUAAAAAAUUCAGGAUUACUAUAUAGAAAGGUAAUUUGGGUUUCAAAAAAUUCCUAUCUGAGAAGAAAAUGUAAAGUUCUUUUCCAAUCAGCCUCCCCCCCCCCCUUUUUAAACCUUGUUCAGAGUUUUCACCUUGCAGCAAUUUUCCUGUCUCAUUCUCAGAGGUUUCAGGUCUUAAAUUCCAGGUUAAAAGAAGGGCAAGGGUGGGAUGGAACUUUUUUGGGUAGUUGUUUAUUUGAGGGGUUAUUGGGGAUUUUGUUUAGUUGGGGGAUUAAGAUUAGCCAUUCUCUGCUGCUAUUUUCUUGUAUAAUGAAAGUUUUUUAACUGCAGUGUUGCAAUGAUUGAUAUGUGCUUGAGGAUUUUUUUUUUUUUUUAAUGAUAAGACUUUGUGAAUUUCAUUUUAGGAUGGGUCUCUCCUAAUCUUUUCCCUUGAUGUAAUAUAUUCCUCGUGUCAUACUAAAAAAAAAAAAAAAAUAGAGGGGCAAGAUUGGGGUGACAGCUGCUUUUUCAGCAUGGACCAGGUAGGCCUUCGAAACUGCAGCAUUCUCUGGAAGCAGCUAAAGGACUCUGAUUUACAGAAAGCCAAGGAGCUGCAGCUUGAUUCUACUAGCAGAGCUACCAUCGAGACUGGUGGGUAACUGAUUUCCUAUACAGGAGACUGGAAUCUAGAUUCUGUCCUUUGUCCACCAACAGUGGCAAAAGAAAAAGUGGUGCUGUUAGCAGUCCAUUUAACUCAAAACAGCUCUCAAGUAACUAUGGCAAGCCAUUCAUCAGAUUCUUGAUUGGGUAGUCCUGAAAUCAGACAUGUUCUUAUGGAAAGAAUUUUAAGUUAGGCUAUCUAUGCACCUAUCAGGAAUAAAGAGAAUAAGAUUGUAUAAAACAACGGCAGGGAAAAUCCUUCAGCAAUUCUAAUCCACUUUGGGUUUUCAACAAUAUAGACAUCUAAAGCAAUAGCAGACUAGUACUGAAUUCUUUUCUAUACUGUAAAAUCACAAUUGUGGAAUUAUGAUGAUAUUAAGGUAAAGUACCAAAAUGCACACAGACACAAAUAGAAGGGUCCAUUUCAGUAACUGACAUGGAAAAACUCUUUUAGUAAGAAAUAACCUAUAUCUUCAUUUUGGAAAUGUUUACCCACCAAAUAAGGGCUUUCCCCUCUAGCAUUUAAGGAGCCAGAUGAGUUAGAAGCUGUAGAAAGAGGCAGCUAUAGAAUUUGAUCUUCCAGCUAUACCACAUAUCUUUAUUGGGUUCAAUCAUAAUGUCAAAUUUCUGUGCUCUCACUAAGGGAUUUCUACUGUCAGUUAAAAAUAAAAUCCCAAAUACAUUUUAUUCUUUCUACUGGGUGCAUUGUUUUCUUUGUAAAUGCAGUAUAAUAAACAAGUUAUAUAAUAA